AUGGGAAACCGCGGCUCCCGCAUCCGGACCAACCGCACCGCCGACUCCGGCCGCGGUGGAUCCGACCGCCCUCCCUCUUCCCAACCCGGCGACGGCGACGGGUCUAAACCCAUCCGCUGCCUGCCGGCGGCCUUGGCCGCCCCCCUUCCUAUCGCUCCCAACGUCGGCCGCGUCCUCAGACGCCCCACGCACGACGUCCGCACUUUCCAUACAUUCGGCCGCGAGAUCGGCCGCGGUCAGUUCGGCAUCACCUACCUCGUGACCCACAACGAGACGGGAAAGCUCUUGGCCUGCAAGUCGAUCGCCACGAGGAGGUUGCUUCACCCCGAAGACAUCGAGGAUGUCCGGCGGGAGGUCCAGAUCAUGCACCACCUCACCGGCCAUCGGAACAUCGUUGAGCUCGAGGAGGCGUACGAGGACAGGCACUCGGUGAAUUUGGUGAUGGAGCUGUGCGAGGGUGGGGAGCUCUUCGACCGGAUCAUCGCCAGGGGCCACUACUCGGAGCGGGCCGCCGCCGCGCUCUGCCGCGAGAUCGUGACGGUCGUCCAUGUCUGCCAUUCGAUGGGGGUGAUGCAUCGGGACCUCAAGCCGGAGAAUUUCUUGUUCUUGAACAUGAGCGAGGAUUCGCCACUCAAGGCCACCGAUUUCGGGCUCUCCACCUUCUUUAAACCCGGAGAAGUAUUCAAGGAUGUUGUUGGGAGUGCAUAUUAUAUAGCUCCUGAAGUAUUGCGGAGGAAUUAUGGACCAGAGGCUGAUAUUUGGAGUGCAGGAGUGAUACUCUACAUUCUCCUGUCGGGUGUUCCUCCCUUUUGGGCAGAGGAUGAAGAGGGUACAUUUGAUGCUGUUUUACGUGGGCAUGUUGAUUUCGAAUCUGAUCCUUGGCCUUCUAUAUCUAGUGGUGCAAAGGAGCUAGUCAAGAAUAUGCUAAGGCGAGACCCAAAGGAGCGGCCAACUGCUGCCCAAAUUCUGAAUCAUCCAUGGAUCAGAGAAGAUGGGGAAGCUCCUGAUAAACCAAUUGAUGUUACAGUUCUAACUAGAAUGAGACAGUUCAGGGACAUGAACAAGCUUAAGAAAGUAGCCUUGAAGGUAAUAGCAGAAAACCUGUCCGAGGAUGAAAUCAUGGGUUUAAAAGAAAUGUUUAAAUCUAUGGACACCGACAACAGUGGGACAGUUACUCUUGAAGAAUUAAAAGCUGGUCUACCCAAACUUGGCACCAAGAUUUCUGAAUCUGAAGUUAGGCAGUUGAUGGCAGCAGUUGAUGUGAAUGGAAAUGGGACCAUCGAUUAUAUUGAAUUUAUAACAGCCACAAUGCACAUGAAUAGAAUGGAAAAGGAAGAUCAUUUGUUUAAAGCGUUUCAAUAUUUUGAUCGAGACAAGAGCGGGUACAUCACGAUGAAGGAACUUAAGCAAGCUCUUAAGAAGUACAAUAUGAGGGAUAAGAAAGCAAUAAAAAAUAUCAUUGCAGAAGUAGAUAAGGAUCAUGAUGGAAGAAUUAACUAUGAGGAGUUUGUGGCCAUGAUGAGGCAAGUACGCUAAAAGAUCAUUGCAAACAGGCAGCGUCAAACAAGAGUUACGCUGUUCGAUCAUGUCACUGGUUAGGCAAUUGUGACGUUUAGUUGUCUCAUUCCUGGAAGAGGAAAGCAAACAAAACUCAUGAUUCAUUUCCUGGAGUAGUUUGGCAGGGAAGGAAAUUGCAUCCCAGAUAGAUUCAGUAAUGCUUGCAAUUUCUGAGUGUUUAGCCUCCUGCAAAUAAAGCGGUCCGAACAUGGGAACAAUUCCAGCAUUUUGUGUGAUUAAUACUGAUGCCUUGCUGAUUUUGGUCUUUAA